AGGAAGACCACUCGUGCCCGGGAGUAAAGUUGUGGAUACGAGCGCCUUCCACUAGCUCUCUACAGCGAAAGGACCCGGCACGACCGGACGGACCCUACAGUUCGUCGUCGAUCUGUGUGUGGAAGUUGGGACUGAGAGAGAAACCUACAACAUGGCCGACCACUUGAUCUACAAAGUGACGGGCUUCAUACAGAAAGCCCGGUCGUAUAUGCCCGGUGCAUGCGGGGAAGAAAACUCCGGAGAGCAGCUGCACUUCGCCAAGCAAGGGAAUGACACCGAACUCUCAAAUUUUCAGGGCAUCGGCACUGGGAGUGGAGAGGGCGGAGAAUACGCCGAGACGUCGCUCACCGAGGGCGUCAACGGCCUGGCCCCGCAAAGGAGCGUCGACGUGGUGGACGAGUUCGGGGGACGGGAAGGCGAGAAGAUUUCCGAGUGGCAGGCGGGAUGGAACGUCACCAACGCCAUCCAGGGUAUGUUCAUCGUGAGCCUGCCUUACUCGGUGCUCCACGGCGGCUACUGGGGCAUUUUCGCCCUCGUCUUCGUCGCCUACAUGUGCUGCCACACGGGCAAGAUACUCGUGGACUGCCUCUACGAGCCGAACGAGCGCGGAGAGCUCGUUCGAGUCCGGGACAGCUACGUCGCCGUGGCCCAGACGGUGCUGGGCCCGCGGUGGGGCGGCAAGGCCGUCAACAUCGCCCAGAUCAUCGAACUGCUCAUGACCUGCAUCCUGUACGUGGUUCUCUGCGGAGACCUCAUGAUCGGCUCCUUCCCCGAAGGCGCCGUCGACCAGCGGUCCUGGAUCAUGCUCACCACCAUGGUCUUGCUUCCGUGCGCCUUCCUCAAGAACCUGCGGUCCGUAUCGAUGCUGAGCUUCUGGUGCACCGUCACUCACCUUUUCAUCAACGUCAUCAUCCUCGGCUACUGCCUGUCCCGAGCCUCCGAGUGGGCCUGGGCCAAGGUCCAGUUUCGCAUCAACAUCAACAAGUUUCCGGUCACGAUGGGCAUCGUCGUCUUCAGCUACACGUCGCAGAUCUUCCUGCCCACGCUCGAAGGGAACCUCGUGGACAAGACCAAGUUCCACUGCAUGCUCAAUUGGAGCCACAUCGCCGCCGCCGUGUUCAAGGCGCUGUUCGCGUACGUCUGCUUCCUGACGUUCGCCGAGGAGACCCAGGAGGUCAUCACCAACAACCUGCCGACCAAGGGCUUCAAGAUAGUCGUCAACCUGAUCCUGGUCGCCAAGGCGCUCUUCUCCUUCCCGCUGCCAUACUUCGCCGCGUCGGCCCUGAUCGAGCACGCCUACUUCCGGGAGCGACCCAAGACCCUGUUCCCCUCCUGCUACGCCAUCGACGGCGAGCUCCGGGUGUGGGGACUGGCCCUGCGGGUAGGGCUCGUCAUAUUCACCAUGCUGCUGGCCAUCUCGAUCCCGUACUUCGCCCUGCUCAUGGGUCUGAUCGGGAGCUUCACUGGAACCAUGCUGUCCUUCAUCUGGCCCUGCUACUUCCACAUGAAGCUCAAGUGGGACACCAUGGAGUGGUACUCCAUCAGCUGGGAGGUGUUCAUCAUGUGCUUCGGGGGCUUCUCCGGCCUCGUAGGCAUCUACACCUCGUUCGCAGGUCUCGUGGAGGCCUACCACCUUCCGCUGCCUCACGUGCCGGUCAUAGAAUCUUAGAACGUGCCUCGUUACUAAUAUCGCGCGCAGCGAUAAGGCUUUUAUUUCCUUCUAUUGUUGUUUGUGUGCGUGUUCCGUGAGUCUGAGUUGACAUGUUCAUGCAUGUUUGUGCGAAUUACGAGAGAGGCUUUCCUUCCUGUGGGACGUCGAAACGGGUCGGCACGGGAUAACCACAGAAAAAAGAAAGAAGCGGCACUAGCGAUGUCGAUGAGGUCUCGUGGGCUAGAACCUCGUGAAGACGUGCGUCUACAUCAAUGCUUGACUUAGUAAGACUACUGUAGUCGCUGUAAACCUCCUGAUAAAUCAUACGAGACCGAUAAUCGUUUGGGGGAGUAGAACUAAUCACCUACGUGGCACAAUCACUUUACGCGCGCAGUCGUUAGGUUCGCAGCUACCGUACGGCUGAGUAAAGACAACCCCGCGGACAAAGCAACCUUAGUUUCCUUUUUUAUGAUUUUUUUAACAAUGCUACUUAUGCUAUGUUUUCAAAUGAAAUCAGUAGUCUGAAAAAAAACGCACGAGUUACCGAACACAGCCUGCUCGAGCACUCUACUUUCUCGGAUACUUUCCCGAAAGCAGUAUAUCUCCCAGAACCGUAUUCGGUGCCUAGACAAAAUAAGCAAGAGGAGUUGUUUCGAACGGGACAAAACUGACUGAGUUAUAGCUGACCCGUUUUGAGCAUUGAGACAUUGAUAUCUUACUGACUCCUCGACAGGUAAUAUUUGUUCUUGAACAGACUACCACUGUAUGCUGUAUAAUUUUCAAUAAGCACGAGCGAGCAGGAAAUAUCGCAAUUUCAUGCAAUAUGCCGAUCGAAGCUACGCAACGCAUUUUGAAUGAGACGGCAGUAAGUUAUCUCUGCCUAAAAUUCAGACCAAUAUGUCUUCCAGUGACUGUAUUGUUGAUGUAAUCAUUAGUAUAGCUAGCUGCGAAGUGCACAUCGAAAAAAGAAGCGGUUAGCCACAGACAUCAGGCAACACACUCGCAUUGCUUGGAGCACUGUGAACUUGAAUCUAUUGCCUGAAAAGGAAGAAUAGUUGCAGAAUUACUGCAUCCCUGUGAAGCAGCAAUUUUUAUUGGCCAGCACUUGCAUAUCGACCAUAACGAUGACGAAGAAAAUGAGACGAUAACUAAGAUGUCCGUGACUAUCAACUGGGUAACAUGUUCGAUAAGUGGAACCCAGCCUAAGCGCCAUGAAGUCAGGAACGAACAUUUUUGACAUACGGAAAUGUAUUCGUUGAGGUCUUGACGAUGGGGAAUGAAUUUUCACAGAUGCAGCGCCUUACUGAUGCUCGAAAGUAGUUCCUGCGCAGUCCUUGCAGACCGCUGCCUUCUUGUGGGAUUCGCAUCAGUAAGAUUUUUUUAGAGUCAUUCCAAAUGGUCUGUCACAACAUUUUAGCUAAAAAGCUUUCUUUGUGUACUACCAACUGUAAACACCCGCAGUGUGAUUUCUUCUGGUGGCAUGAGGAUUCAUCGCUGAAAAAAAGAAAAAGGUGGAUAGAGAUAGCAAAAUACAUGUUCUGCCUUCAUUGUAAAGGCAGUUGUCCAGCCUUUAUUUGAAGUACAUACUUCAAUUAAAGUGAAAUUAAGUUUUACAGUCUUCCAUGGUAUCUUUUAAGUGAAGUAAGCAAAUCCUCAAACCCUCAUCUGUCUUUAAUGGUUGUGAAACUAUCACGUGCUUUACGAGCAGUUAUAUAUGUUCAAGCUAGAAACAGGACUCUGACAAACAAAAUAGAAAUACAUCCCCACGCACAGCAAAAAGACUUUUCUGCUAAAUAAUGUUUUCUUCCAAGAAAGUUUCGAUAAGUUCUACGCUAGGUUAACAAAAAAUAUGCUCAUUGUGUAAACAGGCUUGGCGUACUUCAAAAUGUGUUGUGAGUCAAAUGAAAGUUCGCAUGCGGUGAAGAGAACUGCUAGCUCAAAGUUAACAGUCUUCCAUUUUAACUAGAUGAUACUGCGAAUGCUUCUUUACGCACUAGAUAGUUACCCCCGGUUUUACAAAUCUUGGUGUGUUAUAGUGUGAGCUGCGUAACGAAUAUCCUCACAGCGAUUCACGAUACAAUUCUAAAUGUGCUCCCAGUUGCAUAUAACCGCCGUGUGAUCGAUCAUCAUGUUAAAUACGCUUCUGUCGACAAAUGAUGUGAUAGACUUUCAUGAUUCCCUAAAACGAAGGGUUAUUCCUGGUGACUCUAUUUGCGCAAAUUGGUCUAAACACUCUUUGCAGAGUCAUUGCAUCCUCAAAUCAAGCAAGUUAAUCCUGACUGGUCACAAAUCGGGCAAAGGCAAUCGAUCGGGGAGUGCGAGUGUUCUCGCAAACGGACU